AUGGAACGCCAGUAUUCUCAUACUAAACCUCCUACGACUACAUCCCCCAAUAUGUUUACCGCAUCGUCCAAAGCCUCAUCUUCCUCCUCCAAGAAGAGCUUCCUCACGCGCAUUUUCAAGAACGCGCACCCAACGCAGCCGGUCUACGUUGAGGAGUCUUCCAAGAGGAGAAAGGUGAGUAAACACCAGAUCAAGUUAUUGUAUGUGGAUUGUACGAAGCGAGACGAGCCGGAGAACCAAGUGUGGACGCGCUGCGAGAGGCGCGUCGUCAGCAAAGAGUUGAUUUCUUUGGUUGGCGUUGACUGUACGAAGCGGAUGGAGGCUGACGCUGGCGUCGAGUCGGAUAGUGAAGGCUCAGAGUCGGAGACUGAGACUUGUGUUGGUGACGACGAGGACGAUGAUGCGAGUGUGUACUCGAUGGAGAGCUAUGUCGAGGUUGAGUCCGAUGUUAAGCAGUUGGAGGAUGGUGGCGAGCUCGCGGCGGCGGAGGCGAGUUUCUGGACUGUUCCUAGUGUGUACUCGAUGGAGAGCAUGUGCUCGUUCGACAGCGUGUGUUCUACUGACUCCGAGUUCACCAUCUAA